GGAAGGUGUGCUUCCCAGUGGCAAAGAGCGAGCCAUUUUGGUACGGUCUCCUUCGAGAGGCAAAAGAACACGAAGAAAAACUCCCAGCUUCGAUCUUCUCUGCGCGUGGAUCUGUGCGACGCUCAAGCUUUCUUCCAGAUCACUCAUGGCGGACAUUGAACUGAAAACAGCACCAGCUGAUUUUCGAUUCCCUACAACAAACCAGACCAGACAUUGCUUCACUCGCUACAUUGAAUUCCAUAGGUGCAUUGCAGCAAAAGGCGAAGAGUCUGGUGACUGCGAGAAAUUCGCCAAAUACUAUCGUUCCUUGUGCCCUGGGGAAUGGGUGGACAAGUGGAAUGAGCAGAGGGAGAACGGGGCUUUCCCGGGACCUCUCUAAUUUCAGACUUUGGGCAUUCAGUGUGACCCUUAUUGGUCACGGACGUGCAGAUUGUUAUGUUUGUUUCUGAAACUUGGCCCUCUAACUUGUGGAUUUGAUUCUAGAACAAUAAGGCAUCAAAUGGAGCUUUUUGAGUCUGCCGAAGUUACUUCGAUUUCAUCAAACAACAACUCUAUUUUUGUUGAAAAUAUUGCCUUUUCUGGUUGAGUUUA